AUGGCGGCGAUCGAGGAUUUAUUCGGGAGAUUGAGGGCGGAGGCGGCUAUCCGGGGUGAGGACUGGCUGCAGAGGCAGGUGGGGGCACUUUUAUCGCAGGAUGGAGGGGACAUGGGGCGCAUGGCGUCGGGGCCUAGCCGAGUCCAGACCGGACAAGCAGCAUCGGGGCCGGAGCACACAGGUACUGUGUCGGAAGGCCCAGCCGGGGGCACCAGGAGUAGCGUGGGUGCAAGGGGGGGACGGCCAGGGGGCUCAGAUGCGGCGGCCUUGCCCGCCCGGCGUGUGGAUCAGGCAGUGACGGGCCCGGUGGUGGGGUCUCGGCGAGUGGGAUCGCAGGCCACGGUGGCUAGCCCCCCAGCUUCCUCGGCUAGCCACUUGCAGGAGGUGGAGCGCGUCGGCAGCAACAGGGUUACGCCAAGCAGGAAAGCUUCGGCAAAAUCGCCGCACGGGUCCAGGGCCCGCAGGGGGAGUGAAUCCGGCCCUGGGCCUUCGGCCUCCGGGACCGAGCCGCCCGGUGGGUCAUCAUCGGAGGAGGAGGAUCGGUCGGAGGGAGAGCGGUCGGGAUCUGAGGACGAGGUCUUGCCCAGGACGGUACCAGCAACGAGGGAUUCGAGACGGUCGGCUGAUGGGAUUGCUUCCACGCAGCCCGUGGGACAGGUUCCGGGAGCUGGUGCCGGAGGCAGAGGAACGGGGGGUCCCUUGUCCGGAGUGGCUGUGGCAGAUUCCAUUGGAACAAUCUCCACCUGGAUUAGGAAAUCGUUGAGUGAGGGUACUUGGGCAGCCUAUGAGAAGGUAUGGUCGGAGUGGAGCGAUUUGGUGAGGGAAUCGGAGGUGCACCUUUCGGGACCGGAGGUGAGGACACCGGUUCUGUAUUUUUUGUCUAGAAACAUGGAAGCGGGAGUGUCGUCGUCGGCGUUGGAUAAGAAAUUGGCCGGGUUGGCAUUUCUGUUCAAAUGGCAAGGGUGGCCGGAUCUUACAAAGGACUUCUGGGUGCGACAAGCUCUGAAAGGGUACAGGAAACAGGGGCGGCGACCUGACGCUCGCCGCCCGGUGUCUUUUGAAGUUUUGAGAGGAAUCCUGGCUAAAGUGGGGGCAAUAUGUUCAUCCAGGUUUGAAGUUACAUUGUUCCGCGCGGCAUUCGCGCUGGCAUUUUUUGGGGCCUUUAGGGUGGGCGAGCUGGUGAGCCCGUCGAAAUUGGUCCAGGGGGGCAUGGGAGUCUCGGAUGUCGGUUGGACCCCGGAGGGGGUCACGUUGUGGCUCAGAAGGUCCAAAACGGAUCAGAGUGGCAAGGGAAGGGCGGUUCACGUGUUCCCAAUUGAAGGGUCGGAGUUGUGCCCGGUCGGGCUGGUAAGGGACUACCUGGACAUCCGUCCGGGGGUGGGGGGCGCCUUUUUGGUACACGAAAAUGGGUCCCCGAUGUCACGAUAUCAGUUUGUGGCAGUGUUUAGGAAGUGCCUGGGGGCAUUGGGCCUGGUGGCAAAGGAGUUCUCGGCUCAUUCCUUUAGGAUCGGGGCAGCUACGGAGGCGGCAAGGAAUGGACUGGAACUCACAGAGAGGAUUCGACGGCUGGAAGGUGCCCAUAAACACACACUUGCUCUUAAGACGCUGCAGGACUUAAUCCAGGCACGAGCUGAACUUGUGGAGGUUAUUGGUAAACAGAUCAGGCGAAAAUUCAUUCUGGCCAAAAAAACGUUUUACAAAUAUGAAAACAAGGCUAGCAAACUGCUUGCGAGGUCCUUACAAUCUAAAAAAGCCACGACAACCGUCCACUACCUUACUGACGAACAAGGUCAUAAACUUCUCUCUUCCCCCGACAUUGCUAAACAUUUUGUUGAUUACUAUACGAAACGUUAUAAUUUACUCUCACCUGACUCUCCUACUGCGCAAGUCGCGAGACGGGGAAUGAUGGAGGAGUUUUUGAAGGAAUUUGGCCCCACCCACUUGUCGGAAGCUGCUAAAACUGAGCUUGACAGACCCCUUAACAACCAAGAGGUGGAAGUGGCUCUGAAACAAAUGAAAUCAGGCAAAAGCCCAGCCCCAGACGGCCUGAUGGCGGGCUAUUACAAAACGUUUGCGAAAACUCUCACACCAUUAUUUCUCUCUGCCUUCAACUCCUUUGCUAACCGCUCUGUACCUCCCUGA